AUGCUUUUGCUGAAGUUAGAGGUUGUCUUUGAGAAGGGGGAAGAAAAUUGUGGGCACCUAAUUGAAGCUCACAAGGAGUGUUUGAGAGCUCUGGGCUUCAAGAUAUGA